AGCCGUGACAAGCUGCCACAAGCUAUUUUAACUGUGUUUUUUUUUUUUAUGAUACUUACGAACAUACAUACAAAUGCAUUUGCAUCAACCACACCGCUGAAAUCAUCGCGGUAGGUGCUACCAUAUCAGACGCCGCCGCCAUCAACGCACUGACGGAACGGACGGGACGGACGCGACCAAACUCCUCCACAACUAUUUUUUGUUUUAUGAUUUUGUUUAACAGCACAUUCGUAUGUGUUAUAAUAAAAGCGCAUACGUACUCGCACUGACAAUAGUCCAAAUGUAUACAUACAUACAUAUGUACAUAUGUAUAUACUUCAUUUGUGUGUUAUAAAUGUGAUGAUCUUAAAACGUGGUUAAUACCGGAUAUCCAACUUUAGUGAUUAAGAAAAACAACAGCAACAACAACAUGCUUUGACGUGAUUUACCAUACUGACAAGUAUAUAAAUAUGUACUAAUGUGCAUGUACGAAUACAUAAAUGUGAUUUGAAUGAUCAAAUAUUACAUAUGAUACAUACACACAUACACAGAAGGCAUCCAAUGCUUUAUACGCACUUGCCAAAAUCUAUGUACUUACAUAUGUAUGAAUAUUUCGGUAUGCGUGUGUGUACGUAAAUGAAAACUUUUGUGUAUAGUAUAUAACUCAAUUUCAUAGCUAAACAACAACAACAUUCAUUCUUUUACCGAUUUCUUGUACAACAAUCGCCGGCAUUGCCGCCGCGUCUCAGUCGCGCCGAGCGUGCGUUCAUUGGAGUGGUGCAAACCUCUUUCUGCAUCGUAAAUUUUUCGUUUAUGGACCUCAGAGACGACACUGGUCGUUUGAUUAUUGCGCGCAGCACGUCGCGUCACGCACCGUAAGCAUCGCCUGCUCCCCUGUGAGGCUUGCGCAUCCCCCGUCUUGCAUAAGCCAUCAACCAGCAACCAGCAACCAUCAGCCAUCAGCCAUCAGCCGUGUGCCGUAAGUGCCAUAUGUGCAUAUAUAAGUAUGUAUGUAUUUGCACAAUAUGCAUCAAACGUGCGCCACUGCAUCAAUUGUGCCAGUUUUGCUUGAAUUCCUUAUUGCAGACAUUUGUUAGUAAUAAUUGUGGUAAAGACAAAGCGCACAAAGCAGCCGCAGUGGCUAAACUACCAGAAACAACAAGAGUAACAACAACCAUCGUCAUCGUCAUCAUCAUCAUCACCAUCGGCAACAACAGGUGUCAUUGCAUUUUUGCGCGGUGCUCGGCGUGUGUGUCUACAGUGCUGUAGCAUGGAUCGAUCUAAGGUUUUGUACAAACGCACGCACUCACACUUGCAUUCGCUCGAACGCACACACAUGCACAGGCACACACUUGCAACAUUUGCAAUUUUAUAUAUCAUUUGCAACAUUGGCGUCCACAUCGAGGAAUUAGCUGCAGCAAUAGCGCCAAACGACGGUUAUUGUUUUGUAAGCUGUUUUACAAUUUAAUGGUUUUCAUGAAUGGCCUGGGACCUGACCCUCUGCCCGCGAAGGAGGCAGAGGGACCUCCCGUUCAAAUGGAACCAGUCGAUCUUAGCUUACGUUCCCUUCAAGGAUCUCAAUCAACAAACAGCAAACUGUUUGGAAGUAAGCACAAUGAUGGCAAAGAUAACACAUGCAAGUACAGCACCUACGCACUCAGUGGUACUUACGGAAAUAAUAAGAACAAUAGAAGCAGCAACGGUUACAACCACAAUUACAACCAGGAUCGUUUUACCACCUCCAUAUCGAGUUCCUCGUCUUCCUUCACUACGUCUACCCAGUUACAAUCCGCCCGACAAUACUCGUCGCCGUUCUCAUCAGCGGUCUCGAAAUUUCCUAUACCACCACUUUUAACAACUUCAUCAUUCUUUCUACCGUAUCGACGCAUUAAAGAAGAGGUCAGCUGUAAAAACAGCACAUUCUCAAGCAGCAGUAGUCACAGUAUAAAUAGUGGCAAUUUCAACCAAAGCUAUAAUCAAGCGGCUUCCCAAACUCAACGAACUACUGGUGGCUUGAUCACGCCUUCCUCCACAUCAACUGCCCUAUCAUCCGCUGCCGAAACGCCAUUUUGCAAUCCAGCUAUAGCUGUAGCACAAAGGUCCCUUAUGCACGACUAUGACCGAAAAUUUAGUUUCCUGAGCCUUUUUAAAAACUCCUACAAAUAUACAACAGAUCGGCGGCCGUCAUCGUUGAGCUCGAGAAUUUGGGCCGACGAUACGGUGUUGCCAUCAGCACCGUCUAAUAUUGCAACCGCAUACAGUAAAUUAGCACAAACACCAGCUAGUUCCAAUACGGUGUCACCAUGGAAGAUAAUGUCUUCAACAGUUCAAUCCAGUAGUAGUUUGCAUCAAACAAUUCCACACACCAACUACCCCGGUUCAUCUCAAGCUGAUGGUCGCAAAAAUGCCUUCAGCAGUAUGGUAUUGCGAGGAGGCGGCGGCAGCAUGUUUGGUCGUUGUGAGGAAGCGGGCGCAAGUAUUAAUACCAUCGGCUAUAGUGAUCUCUCGAAAAAUCGCAAAGUGCACAAAUGUGACACUGAGGGUUGUGAUAAAGUUUACACAAAGAGUUCUCAUCUUAAAGCGCAUAAGCGUACCCAUACAGGUGAGAAGCCAUAUGUUUGUGACUGGGAAGGAUGUGUAUGGCGGUUUGCAAGAUCGGACGAACUGACACGUCACUAUCGAAAACAUACCGGCGUUAAACCUUUCCGCUGCCAACUCUGCACUCGUUCCUUCAGCCGUUCUGAUCAUCUGUCGUUGCACGUGCGUCGACACUGAAUCCCGCGAAAUGAAUUACUUAGACGAUGUAGACAAUAAAAACGGCACUAAAGUUUAUAUUCACGCGUACAUUGGUGCAUGUACCCUCCAAUUUUUCUGUUUUUUACUACCCUAUUUUAUAUUAAAAACCUUUCUCAAAGCUCCGGCUUAUUCACUCUUAACCGGAUGAGUUUGAGGAUUUUAAGUAAAUCAAACUUAAUAAAAGUAUGAAAUAAUAAAAUAUUUUUGUUUCAGACGCUCCAAUCACUGACGAAUUCACUUCUCAAAUAUAUUUUAAUGACUGAGUUUAAAAAAAGAAGAAGCCUUCUAU